GGCGAGUGCACUCUCUUCCCAAACGUCGGACCGCGGCCGCGACAUUUUCCACAUGUCGUGUUGUUGAAAGUUUCGGAUUUUUCCAGUUGAAUUUGCCACUUUCGGAGCGCGAACGAACGUCCCCCGGCCACCCAAGAUGUCCAAGUUUGAUUUGACGGCAAAGAAUUGCCAGUACCUGGAUCGGCACCUGACCUUUCCGCUGCUCGAGUUUCUGCUGCAGAAGAAUAUCUAUGACCAAACGUCGCUGCUCAAGUUUAUCUUGGAGACGGUCAGCAAGACCAACAUGGUGGAUUACACCAUGGACAUCCGCGAGCGGCUCAACAUGGGCAACGAGCUGCCGGAGGAGCUGACCAAGCGCCGGUCCAAUGUGCUGGUCAAGCUAAAGGAGCUCCAGACGGAGGUGGCCCCGUUGAUGAAGUGCAUGGAGGAGUUGAAGAACCCGGACACGAUGAAGGACUCCAAGUCGAUCGUGCACGCCCUGCAGCAGGAGUUUGACUUCAAGUACGACAUCAUCCGAAGUGCCCAGAAGUUGGCCAAGUAUCUGUACGAGUGCGGCAACUACCGGGACUCGAUUUCGUAUCUGUACAUUUGUCUGCUGGUGAUGGAACCGACCGACAAGAACUACCUGAACGUGUUGUGGGGCAAGUUGGCCGCGGAGAUUCUGACGCUGAACUGGCCAACGGCGCUGGAGGAUUUGACGCGCCUGCGUGACUUUAUCGACAAUCACAACUUUUCGCCGAUCGAGGUGCUGCAGCAGCGCACCUGGUUGAUCCACUGGAGUGUGCUGGUGUUCUUCAACCACGCCAAGGGCCGCGAUCUCAUCAUCGAGAUGUUCCUGUACAAGCAGCUGUACUUGAACGCCAUCCAGACGAUGUGUCCGCACAUCCUGCGCUAUCUGGCCACCGCCGUCAUCAUCAACCGUGGCCGGCGAAACGCGCUCAAGGACUUGAUCAAGAUCAUCCAGCAGGAAUCGUACACGUACAAGGACCCGAUCACCGAGUUCCUCGAGUGUCUGUACGUCAACUUUGACUUUGAGGGCGCCCGUAUGAAGCUGCACGAGUGCCAGACGGUGAUCAUCAACGACUUCUUCAUCAUCGGCUGCCUGCAGGAGUUCAUCGAGAACGCCCGCCUCAUGAUCUUCGAGACGUUCUGCCGCAUCCAUCAGUGCAUCACGAUCGGAAUGCUCGCCGACAAGCUCAACAUGGAACCGGACGAGGCCGAGUGCUGGAUCGUGAACCUGAUCCGUAACGCCCGGCUCGACGCCAAGAUCGACUCCAAACUCGGCCACGUUGUGAUGGGAACGCAACCACUGUCGCCGUAUCAGCAGCUGGUAGAAAAGAUUGACUCACUUUCCGUUCGUUCCGAGGCGCUGACCGUGCUGGUCGAGCGCAAGCAAAAAGCCAAGACGCAAGAGUCCGGCGAGGGCAACUGGAAGUAUUACUAAACGGCGCGUCAACGGAAACACACACAAUUUUACCUUUAACGAAAGUGAAAAACAUUAAAAUCAAUCUUAAUCACCAGCUCGAGGGAGGAGACAGAAAAGCGUUCCAAAUAGCAGAAGAAAACAAGCAGAGGUUUGCCAACGGCGGUUGAGACGAUGAGGAUUACAAUACAACUAGUGAAUGCAAUUUAUUGUAAAAUUUGUAACAAAUUGAAUAAACUGCUCUUUGGCACACACAGAAAA